GUGGGAGUCGGAGCGGCGCGAGGCUCUGAUGAGUGACGAUGACUUCAGCAUUGUAGAUGCCAUGAGCGCCAGCAGCAGCAGCGCCCUGGACAACGUCACACGGGUGCUGGACCGGGCGGCGGCUCGCGGCCGGCUGGCGGAGGCGGUGGAGCCCAACCCGCUGUUCGUCAACCUGGCUGUCGAUUUCUGCCUCGCAAAGCUGACGGAGGCUGGCGGGGAGGCGGCGGUGGCCGCGGAUGGUGGGCAGGCGGCCGUGGCAGCGGACUCGAGCGGCGGCACUGGCAGCGGUACUUCGCCGCUCGCCGCAGCUGCGGGUCUGCGGCAGCUGGUGUCGCAUCCGCAUCUGGGUCUGCUAGUGGGUCGCUCUACCCUAGCGGAGGUGCUGGUGCAGGUGGUGGAGAAGCUGCAGGAUCCCGAGCUGCUGGCGGCGGCCCUGGACGUGCUGCAGUGCCUGAUGAGCACCGAGGCUUUGGGCAGUCGCCGCCAUGCACCCACGGUGGCUGCCGUCAUGGACCGCUGCCUCGGGCUAUGCCGCGGCGCCGCCUGUGCUCCAGACGCCGCGUUUACAGCGACUGCCAGCAGCGGCAGCAGCAGCUCCGCAGAGCCCCAGCAGCAGCCGCAGCCGCAACGAGAACAGCCCCCACUGAAGGCAGAAGCACCGCUGGCGCUGGCCGCUGUGGGCUUCCUCAAGGGCCCUCUGGCGGCGCUGUCUCAGCUGCCGCCGGAGCAGCGGGCGCAGCUGGCGGCAGACGUCACCGCACUGCUGCGGGCGCAGGUCGACAUGGGCGCGGCGGCGGGAGGUGGGCAUGGCGGCAGCAGCUGCAGCAGCAGUAGCAGCCGCGGCAGCAGUGACUCGGCUGCAUCCGCAGCAGCAGGUGUGGCCGACUGCCUUGAGCUGAUGCGCGCGCUGCUUCAGCAGGAUGCCGCAGCAGUGGCUGCUGCUGUGGCCAGCAGCGCCGGCGGUGCCUCCACAUCAGCGGCAGCGUGCUCAGCCGCACUUGGGGCCGGCUGCCUGCCAGUCAUGUGCGCCGUGCUGCGGGCCAGCAGCAGUCUAGCAAACCCGCAGGAGCAGGCGGCUGCUGGCGAUGUGGGUGGUGCUGUUGUCGGCGGCAUGCUGACGCUGGUGCAGGACCUGGUGCUGUGGUGCCUGAUCAAUAUCGCCACCAUCAGCGGUAGUGUCACGACCAGCUGCAGCGCACAGCCCGCACAGCAGGGGUCGCCGCAGGCUCAGAUGCUGUCCGCAGGCGGCACGGCCCUGCUGGUGCCGCUGCUGCGUGCGCCGGCGGCUGCGAAACGCGUGCUGCAGCUGUUGAUGUGGCUGGCGGCGGCAGACGGACCGGAGGCGCAGCAGCAGAUGACAGCAGCGCUGGCGGAGGCGUGUGCGCGGUGCCCGGAGAUACAGCGGCAGUUGGUAGGGGCGGCAGGCAGCUGCGUCACAGAGCUGCAGCAAUCGUGCCCGAGGCCUGUGGCCUCCUCCCAGCAGCUGCAGCUGCUCCUGGAGUCGGUGGCGGCGGUGGUGCAGGGCCAGCCCAGUGUGGCGGCGGGGCUGCUGCUGCCGGACUGGGGCGGCCUGCCGCUGGUGCGGGCGGCGCUGCGGUGCCUGGGCGUGGGCGGUGGGGGCGGAGCCUCCAGAGCCACAGUGCCAGACAGCAGCAGUCGCAGCAGCAGCUGUAGCGGCCCAUCCACAACACCCCUGGUCACGGCGGCUCUGCGGCUGCUGCGCCAGCUGCUGCUGCGCUGCGGCCCGCCGCCGCACUCCAGCCUGCCCACGACCUACGGGGAGCUAGUGCGGGCGCUGGUGCGGCUGACUGGGUUGGAAGACGUCGACAACAGCCUCCGCCUGAGCUGCCUGCAUGCGUGCCUGGUGCGUGGCAGCGGCAGCAGCCCGUCUGGCCGCCUGCCGCUUCGGCGCGAGGCCGCCCUCAGCUUGCACGCAGCCCUUGGCGAUGGUGACCUGCUGGAGCAACUGGCUGCCCUGCUAGCUGUAGCUAUGGAGCGGCACAAGCAGGUUGAGGAGGCGAGAGCUGGCAGCAGCAGCAGCAGCAGCAGUGAACGCAUCAGCACCAGCAGGGCUGCCAGCAGUGACAGCCACGCAACGCAGCUGGAGCUGCUGCAGCUGACCGCCUGCGUGCUGGAUGCGGCGUGGCUGGUUGCGGCGGCGGAGGUGGCCAGCAGCAGCUCGGCAGGUGGCGCAGCGGCGGAUGCGAAUGUGGGAGCAGCUGUUGCAGGCGGCCAGGCACCGCGGCCUGCUGCUGUGCGCACACCAGCCGCUUUCGUCAUGCGGCUGGCCGUUGCUGCGGUGCCGUUCGCUGCGCGCUAUGUUCGCGACCUGCUUGCACCCACGGACUCGGCGGAGCCCCCCGCCGCCUCAGAACCCCUGCAGCUGGAGAUCUUGCUGCGUGCCCUGCACGCCGCAGUGGCCGCACUGCUGGCCACUUCGGGUGGAGCGGCGGUGAUGCGCGAGACGGAUGGGUGUGUUGCGGGCGACCUGGUCGGAGACCUCGUGCCGCUGCUGCUGGGAGUGCGGGCGCGUGCGGCUCCGGCAUCACCUGUUCCGGCUGGCAGUGGCGGCAGCAGCAGCAGCAGCAACAGCACUGUCGCAUCCCUGGCGCUGCAGAUCCUGGUGAUGCUGUCUAUGAUGGUCGACAGAAGGGAUGAGGCAUGCUUUUCAGCAGAGACCCUAUUGUGCGUGGAGCGCACCCGGAAGUUCCAUACCAUGGUGCAGCACGUGGUGGAGGAGCACGACCCCCCGCUGCCGCCGGCCGUAUGGAGCCGCCUGAUGGCGGCUGCGGUGCCGGUGGUGUGCGGGGCGCUGCCGCCACACGUGUGUGCCGUGCUGCUGGCGCCGGUGGCGGCGGAGGCGGCUGGUGGCGAGGCGGGCGGCGAGGGGAGCUGUGAGACUCAGUCGUCAGCAGCAGAGGAGGACAGCAGCGACAUUGACAUCCUCACACGCUGCCGCGAAGCCGCACGAGUCUCAGAUGAGGACUUUGUGUUCGCAGUGCUGCGGCUUGGCCUUGCCCUGGUUGGCGACGCCAGCCAUCCUGAGCAGCAACAGGCCCAGCUCGGCACGGACCACGCAGCCUGUGUGCUACUCUUUGCGCUGGGCUUUGUUCAGCAGGCGACGAGCAGCUCAGGCAGUUCUACUAGGCACACUGCCAGCCUGCUGGCGGCAGCGGCGCGCCUGCUGCGGCCGCUGGCGUCGCAGCUGCCGCGGGAGCAGCUGGCGAUGCUGGUGCGCGCCCUGACCUUGCGGGUGGCUGGCGGCAGCGGCAUGUACGGCUCCCUCGCGGCGGAGUGGCAGCUGCCGGUGCUGCUGUGCCUGGCGGCGUGUGUGGAAAACCCGCUGCUGCGUGAGAAGGACUGGCCGGAGCUGUCAUACAGGUGCUGCGGCGCCGUGUGCGACCACCUGGUGGAAGAGAUCACGGGCCUGCCGGACAGCAGCCUGGUGCGGGGCGGCAAGGCACAGCAGCGCCAGCAGCCACAGCAGCAGGAGCAGCAGCAGCGGGCGGACCGCUUGCUGCUGCUCAGGCUGGCCUGCCGCUGGUGCCAGCGCGCGGCGCCGCGGCAUACUCUCGUGCCUAGCUUAAAUCAGCAGCUGCAGCAGCUGGCAAGCGUGAUGCUGCGGGCGGCACUGCAGUCCGCGGCGGCAAGCCAGCCGCCGACUGCUUCGGCUUGCCCCCCAGCUGCUGCUCCUGCUGCGGCCCUGUACUGCCUGGCCGAGUGCCAGCUGGCGGUGUGUGAGGGGCCGCUGCCAGCCCUGCACGGCGCUCCCCCUCCACCGCUGCUGGGACUGCAGAGGCGGCGGGCAGGCGGCGCCAGCAGUGGGGCGGCGGCGGCGGCCGAUGCAGAAGAGGCGGCGGACCGGAUGAUGGAGCUGGCCAUGCAGGUGCAGCGGGCCACCGCAGUGCUCGCUGAGCACCUCCCAAUCGAAGAUCUGGGCAGCAGCGGCAGCAGCGGCGGGGUCAGCAGUGGCGGUGGCAGCAGCGGCGGCACGCGCGCUGCUGCGGUGCAGCAGCCGUUCCCCGGUGUCCAGCUGCUGCUGCGGGCGGUGGUGUGUGGUGGGCGCUGGGCGGCGCACCUGUCGACCCUACAGCAGCACGCGCACGAGGCCAAGGGUGCCCGGCUGCAGCGGGACGUGGACCAGAUGGAUGAGCAGCGAAAGGAGCUGGAGAGCCUGCGUACGAAAGUGGAGCGGCUCCAAGUCCGCGACCAACUGCGCGUUGAAGAGCCUUUCGUGUGAAGUGCAGCGGCUCCGGAAUCAGCUGAAGGGCAGCGACCGGUCGCCUGCGACAGAGGCCCGGCGCAAGCAGAAGGACCGCCGCGACGCGGCGCGAUUUCACGACACCGGCCUUGUUAUGGAUGUUGCGUAGAUAGUCAGGGGGCCGAAGCCAGUUGACUUGCAUUGCUCCCAUAGUAGGUAAGCAGGUCGGGGGGACGUAAGUUGAGCAAGAGGAGGCCACAUGCAAGGCGGUGGAACUGCUGUGUGCCAAUUGUUUCUGUUGGCACGGUAGGGUAGCGGUAGUCGCGGUGUAUCUGUAUCUGCCGGUGCGGUACCGGCAGCGCCGACGUGCAGGAAUUUUUGAUACAUGCUAUGGUUGAGGCUGAUCUGCAGCAGUUGGGAGGGCAGCCAGUUGGUGUAGUCAGCGUGCUUCCGCACCGUGCCCCCCAACUCUCAUGCCGGCAGGUUGGCAGUUGGUUGCGGAAUGCCCCGUCAGCUGUUGUGUUGUAAGGAUACUGCGGC